AUGUCAUUAUACUAGUACUUGAAAACUUAUGAGAGAUAAAUUACAUCUGUAAAAAUUCAAUUUACAAUGAAUUUAUAGCUGAAGCAAGAAUGAAAUGUCAACAUAAUGUUUGUAUUGAUCUUCUUAUUUGAAUAUUGAUUGAUUUUAAUACUAAAAACCUUUAGUCUCCUAAGACUUUCCCGUUUCAUUUAUCAAAAAUAUAUUCGGAUUCGUUACAUUUGACUUUGGUAUCAAACUUUAACAGAUUAAAAAAGUAUGCUUAAACAAAUUAUUCUCAAGGUGAUCAUAGUUUAUUGCAUUCCUGGUGUUUUCUCAGCCCCAACUCGGAGGAGGACGGCAGAGAUUACUUCUGAUCCAAUUAAAUAUCUUGAGACAAAUGGUUAUCUCAAGACCAGUAUUCAGCACUCGCCAACCUCAGUCGACGAUGUUCUCGAAUCGUUCCAGCAGUUUGCUGGCUUGGAGCAGACCGGGCUCCUCGAUGAUGCGACACGGGACAAACGCCAAGCCAAGAGAUGCGACGAAGGAGACAUCAUUGAUAACGGCUAUAACCAGCAGGGAGAGAGCAAGAACUGGGGAAGAUUUACACCAAAAGGGGGUAGAUGGACAAAGAACGACUUGACGUAUUACUUCAAGAAAUACACUACUGAUCUUACUCAACUUCAAACUAAGGAUGCGAUUAGAAGAGCGUUCCAAGUUUGGGCAGAUGUUUCGCCGCUGUCGUUCACAGAAUCAUCCGAAUCUACAGCCGACAUCGUUAUCGAUUUCGUGUCGAGAGACGAGCAUUCCGAAGAAUACCCGUGCGAGCAGCAUAAGUUCGACGGGCCUGGUGGCUUUAUUGCGCAUGCGUUCUACGACCCACCACUCGGCAUCGUCCACUUCGACGAAGACGAAACGUUCACGACUAUGACAAUGGGUCGUGAGGGUACCUUCGACCUCGCUUUUACUGCCGCUCACGAGAUCGGUCACGUACUGGGAUUGGGACAUUCUAACAACUCCCAUGCAGUUAUGGCCCCAUUUUACAGCGGUAUUGAAGGAGGUUUAAACCUACACCGAGAUGAUAUAGACGGAAUCCAGUAUUUGUAUGGUACUCCUGAUGUUGAUGUAACGGUGGCUGAUUAUGGAAGGGGGAUUAGCGACGUCGCCAAACUGCCGUCAUGCGACACACCAUGGGAUGCCGCCACAUACUACGCCCCUGACGAUGUCGUGUACGCAUUCAAAGGCAAGUUCGUAUGGGCGAUUGGCGAGGAUGGGGCCUUAGAAGGCUACCCGAGGAAGAUCAACAAGGUUUUUCACGGGGCACCAAAUAACGUCCACUCUGUCGUAUCUGCCGGUAGCCGGACAUACAUGUUCAAAGGUAUGAAAAUCUGGCGAUUCUUCGGGAAGCAGUUGGAACCUGGUUUCCCCCGUCCGAAACGAAACAGUUUCCCGUCCAAAACCAAUGCUGCCCUGGUCCAUGAUGGUAGGAUAUACAUCCUCAAGGGAACCCGGUACUACGAGUUCUUCGAGAAUGAUCUCAGCAUCGGAUGGUCCAAGGAGAUUCUUCAUCAAUGGAGAGGGCUGCCGACCCGCGUUGAUUCUGCUUUCCAGUGGCGGAAUGGCACCACCUUUUUCUUCAAGAAUGAUAGUUAUUGGAGAUUUGAUGGUCAGAAAUUAACGGAUGCUCAUCCCGGCUCUGUCUCGAAGGAUUGGUUAGGUUGCGGAUUCUCGUGAGAAAUAUCUGACACAAAACCUUCUUCAAGAAAGGCAGUUAUUGAGAUUUCGGUGUGUUCGCGGAAGGGUGGAUGUUCAUCGAGAAUUUGUCUCGAAUGAGACGUAGGCUUCCAGACACUGGGGCCCGUUUCAUAAAGAGUUACAACUGUUGUAACUUUGCCUUUAUGGCAACUACCAUGGUAACCUCGAUUUUGAUUGGCUGCUGAGCCCUGUCGCCAUGGUAGUUGCCUGAAUGGCGAAGUUACAACAGUUGUCACUCUUUAUGAAACGGGCCCCAGACGGACUUCUUCAGAUAAAAGAGACAACGGAAAUCUAAUGGUCACGAAAUGGUUGGUGCUCAUCAGAAUUCCGUCUUGAACAAUUGGCUUGACUGCAGGUCAUCUUUGGCGAUUACAGACUACAUGAUUAUACACCUGUAACUAGCGAUAUUCAGGAUUAUACAGAAUCAGUGCAAUGUAGUCAUGGUAGUUGCACUAGAUCUGAUUGUAUCAUCUAUAAAUCCUACAUGGCGUGGAGUCAUGUCCAUAAUGAUAAUGAAACUUGUUUUAAACAAAAUGUCGACAUCGAAACAUGGACUCAUUCACUGUAUAAACACGCCAUGGUGUAUUAUAAAGAUAAUUGUCUGACAAGUUAUCCGAUAUUUUCAUUGAUUCUGAUUGGCUAGGAAGCAUGUAGUGUCUGAUCGAUACCAUGGAAACUGUCAGAUAAGACAGACGCUUC